CACUGUCACUAUCACUGAUGCAGAGAAACUCACAUAGAUUUCCCUUGCCAGCUUUCACUUUCUAAUGUAAGACCAGCGAUUUGUGGAGAGAGAGGCUCAAAAAGACCCUGAAGACCGGUGUAUCUUGGAGAGAAUUUUUAGGCAGCGAUGUCAUUACGUCACUACUGGAACGGAAGAGCCGGUGCGCUGCUUCAUCAUCAGCUACAGCGCAGCGGCAGAGCAGUAGGAGCGGCAGCGGUGGGAGCCCAGACUCUCUCACUCUCAUCACCAGUGACCCUUUGAGAUUCUACAUGUAAACACGGGUCAUUGGGGGAAUUCUAGAAGCCACAACGCGACAUCAGACAGCAGCAUAACUCCCUGGCGAGUCUCCCAGUCAGCGGAAACCUGCAACGAUGUCUUCGUCUGUUAGCGAGACAGAGGAGGUGCGCGCCUCGGCAAUGACGCCUUUGAAGUUGGUGGGACUGGUGUGCGUGUUCCUGGCGCUGUGCUUGGACGUUGGAGCCGUGAUGAGCCCGGCAUGGGUGACCGCUGACGACCAGUACUGCUUCUCACUGUGGGAGGCGUGCUGGAAAGCAGCUUCGUCUGAGAUCUGGCAGUGUAACAGCACGCUGGAGUCAGACUGGCAGAUUGCCACCCUGUCCUUGUUGCUAGGCGGAGCUGCUCUGGUCCUGCUCUCCUUCCUGGUGGUCCUGGUGUCUGUGUGUAUUGGCUCUCGGAGACGCUUCAACAGACCUGUCGCUGUCAUGCUAUUUGCUGCAGUGGUGUUGCAGGGCUGCAGUCUGGUCCUCUACCCCAUCAAGUUCACUGAGACCAUCAGCAUGAGCAUAUACCACGAGUUCAACUGGGGUUACGGCCUGGCCUGGGGCGCUACCAUUUUCUCCUUCGGUGGGGGGAUCCUCUACUGCCUCAACCCUAAGAACUAUGAAGACUACUACUGACCCUGCUGGACUGUACCACUGUGACCCCCCCAUGUAGUUGCUGGCUGUCAUACAUAUCCUAUACUGUAUAAUGCUAAUGCACGCUAGAGAGACAGGUAGACACAGAGACACAGAGAGAUACACACACACACACACACACACACACACACACACACACACACACACACACACACACACACACACACACACACACACAUACGCAUACAGUAUUUCCUGUGGAAGCAGGCAGCGGCUCAGUGCUGGGGUGGAUGGAUGAUGUCACAGUACCCUGUACCCUACUCUGUACUCCCUCUUCAGUCAGAGACUAACAGAUAACAGACUGACCAAUCAGAUCACUCUAUCUGUCCUCAAACCCUGGGACAAGGACUCACUGAAGCACUGCUACCGACCAAGUAUUACUUACAAGGCCUUAGGGUUAAGGAUGAGGCUAAGCUCGGCAAACCCAGAAGGAAAAUCUGGUGCCAGCUACCAUUUAUGUUACGUAGUCUGUCCACGAGAGAUUAGGAUGAGGCUGACUGGAAAACAGACUUGUCUUCUCACUGGUAGGUAGAGACCGACUGGGAUGACCAACACUGGUAGGUAGAGACAGACUGGGAUGACCAACACUGGUAGGCAGAGACAGACUGGGAUGACCAACACUGGUAGGUAGAGACAGACAGGGAUGACCAACACUGGUAGGUAGAGACAGACUGGGAUGACCAACACUGGUAGGCAGAGACAGACUGGGAUGACCAACACUGGUAGGCAGAGACAGACUGGGAUGACC